AUGAAAUACAUAGAAUUCCCUGAGUUAUCACGCCUCUCGCAAGCGCUCACUCAUGAGGGCCCAGAAUGCUCCGUGCACACUCGUAUUGAAGCAUAUAGCUGCAAGAACAUCAAGCGCGACAAGAAACUCUUCAAAACUCUUGAACACGCCUACAAUGACGAGCUCUCCCAUUCACCGCCACUUCCUUCGUGGCUUGACCGCGAGCCUGAGCUCACCCCCUUUGGCCCUAUGGACAAGCAGGCAUCUCGCAAGACACUAUACCUUCUUAUAGCUACCCUCAACAUCGCAUUCCCUGACCAUGAAUUCUCAGAUGUCAGACCCGCACACUUUAACAAAGAGAAGAACGGUGCGAGCGUGCUUAAUUCGCUCAGCACAACCCUUCUCUCUCCUCAUCGUGCUGGCAUGAGCGCGCCACGCACAUACUCAGCUUAUCCUCCCAUGUCGUCCACUUUCUUCCCUUCUUCUGUCCCAACCACCUCGUCAUCACCUCUGCACCACAUGGUGCCCAGCCCCUACGCACCUCCCCAGAUAGUUUCUGGUACACAUCCGACCUUGUAUCGUAUAUUGGAUGAGGUCAUCGGUCUUGCAGAUUGCCAAGUCUUUUCAUACUCCCCGGAUAUCGAUUCUGAUCCCCACGCCAACGACUCUGACGACGAGGAUGAUGUCGCAUCUGUUGCAGACGAGGAUUCGUCCGACGACCCAGAUGAUGAACCCCCUUUUGAGUUUGAUGACUAUGACAUCGACGAGUUCUUCCCUGAUCCUAGCAGCUCGAGACCCACUUCCAUCGGGAGCACGAGUAGUGGCGAAUCGCCCGAGCGCAAUAACUUUGCGCAUGUGCGGUUAAAGCGGCGCUGUGGUGCACUCCUGUGGUCCUCGCACUGGUUCUUCCUCAACCCCAAGUUGAAGCGAAUAGUGUUCAUCUCCGUCUGGGCGCACACGAAGAACGCGCAUAUGAGAUGGGAUGACGAAGAGUGGUCCGAGAUGGAAAUGGACGAUGAAAGCUACAGUGGCGUGGGCUCUGUACCGAAGAAUGAACGGUUCUUUGGAUGGGAAGGUGGUGUCGGCGCAGGAGCCCGAGCAAUGGGUCUCAGUGCGUCUGCUUGA